CACGGACUCAGGGGACUUGAUAUAUAAUCUUAGCCUGCAGACCAACCCCCUGUGAGAGGGUGACACGCUUGUUGUCAUCGUCAUGAGUCAUUUUUGAAGUCUACCUGCUACCCGAGAUCUCACAGUAUCAGCAUUGGAAUAUACUGUACAGAUAGCAGUGCUUUGGGGGGCAUCCUGAGUACUUUUGGUUGUGUAGUGUACACGACAGACAGGCUUUCCAACUCCGACGGAGGUCUUCCUCGCUAUUAGGCUUGACUGGCAGAACGAUGGCGGGCACUAUGACCAUUACCGCUGAGGAGGUUAAUUGCCUCAUCCAUGCAUACUUCCAGGAUUCAGGCUUUCAGCAUUCAGCAUUCACUCUCCGUAUGGAGGGCCGUCUAGACAACUCACACCACAUCAAAAAGCACAUUCCACGCGGAGAAUUGGUAGAACUCCUCAGCAAAGCACUCCUCUACAGCGAAGUCGAGGCUCAUUGGAAGGAAGACGGUCUUGCAAGCAACUGCAAGAAUAACUUCUCUCUCCUUGAGCACCACGUAUGCUCGUUUGAUGCAGAUGGGCAGUCACACCCGUCUACUCAGCCAAAUGGGGGACUCACUUCUCUGGCAAUCGUUGGAGAUACGAAGAGCAAGCGGAAGUCUGUCACGCCCUCUAGUGAGGAUGGGCAUGUCGAGAAACGCCCCAGGAGAGAGGAUGAAGAUAGUGAAUCUGCAAUGGCUGUUGAUGGCAUGCCCAAGACAAUUCCCAAGGAGCAUAAGACGAAAGGAGCUACUCUGCCUAAAUCAGAAGCAGUAACCGUAUUGCGAGCACACAAGUCAGGAGGUAAGACUGUUUUCGUCGCUUCCUGGAAUCCAACCUCUACCGGGAGCCUGAUAACUGGUGCAAGGGAUGCUACGAUUAUGUAUUGGGAUAUUCCUACCAACUCGCAUGACGGCUUGGUGGUUUCUUCUUUGCAGCCCACCGCGAAGAUCAGUCUUACCAAUUCUGCAAAAGCGGAUUUGACCUCUCUGGACUGGAACAAAGAUGGUACGUUAGUAGCUAUUGGGUCGCUCGACUCCGUCCUUCGAAUAUGCGAUACAUCAGGCAAGACAUACAUGAUAGACCACCAUCAUAAGGGCCCUAUAUUCGCUGCUAAGUUCUCACCGUCUGGUCAGUGGAUCGUCACGGCAAGCUUGGACAACACCUCUUGUGUAUGGGACGUGAAAGACAAGAGACUGCACCGACAAUACCGAAACCAUGGUGAUGCAUGUUGCCUGGAUGUGGAUUGGAUCGGCGAUUCCAUCUUCGUUAGCUCUGGGGGCGACUGCUUGGCCCACAUCGUUUCUCUCAGCGGCACCAAACCAUUACAGACACUCAAGCUGACCAUGGUCAGAUGCAAUCCGUCACGCACUCGUUUGAUUUCUGGCUCAGACGAUACUACUGCACGAGUAUGGAAUCUAGAAGCCAUUCUCAUGGAUAAGAUGCCGGCGCCUGUAGUUCUGAAAGGUCAUACGAAAUGCCUUACGUCCGUUAAAUGGUGCCCGUACACCGAUCCAGGAACGCACGAACUUGUUGCCACGGCUUCAUUUGAUAUGACUGUGCGACUAUGGGACUCCGUAACCGGAGAUUGCUUGCAACUUCUUACUGACCAUAGCAAACCUGUUUAUUCUCUGUCCUUUAGCCCGGAGGGUCGCCUGCUUGUACCAGGACGGCGGAAGCUGAUAAUAAUCAAGACGGGCGACAAAGUCUGGUCUUGGUCUGCUGGUAUGCGAUUGGGUAUAUUUUGAGAUAGACUGGAGAAAAUGGGGGGAUGUCAGCCGUAUUGCUCUUGCGACGGAGCACCGGGCAGUUGUCAUCGUCGAUCCAACGAAAUUGCAUGCUAUUCAGAAGACCACGUGAGGCCUAGCUACUGGUGUAUAUUUUAUACUUUGUCUAUUCUUCUGUCGCAAUGUAGCUGUGCUGAUUACUGUACGUCGUAGGUAAUUCGUUGAGAACGAGUAAAAGAAUAAACUGGCUUAGUGCGCCCU